AUGGCUGAUAAUGAAGAAAUGUUGAAAAGAAAAUAUAGCGACUUAACCGGUCAUGACAUUCGUCAAGAAAAUCAAAAGAAUUUAAAACGAAAUUGUUCAUCAAAUGAACAAUAUUUAUCAUCAUCAUUUGAUGUUGAUGGUCUUGAAGAAUCGUUUGGUCUUGACAAUUUUAAUAAUUUUGAUUUUGAUAAAGAAGAUACAGAUAAUUUAGAUGAUUUAACUUCUAAUAAAGAAGACCAAGACCAAGAAACUCAACAACCUGCUCCUCCUCAAAGAAAGAAACCUGGUCGUAAACCUAAUCCUGCUUCUCCUGCUUUACGUAAAGAACAAAAUCGUGCUGCUCAACGUGCUUUCAGAGAAAGAAAAGAACGUCAUUUAAAAGAUCUUGAAAAUACUAUUAAAUCAUUAAGAGAAAGUCAAUACGAAUCUGCUGUUAAAACUUAUCGUGAAAGUCAACAAUUACGUUCGUUGAUCGAACGUCUUAGAAGUGAAAAUCUUUAUUGGAAACAAGUUUCCGUUAACUUUGAAAUGGUCUUAAAUCAUUUCUGUGGAGGUACAGAAACUACCGCAAAAAUUAAAAGUACUAUACUAUCUCGUAUUCAAUCUCUCUCUCCUUCUUUAACAACAACCUCUAUGGUUCCUUUAUUGGAAAAUCAGGUUUCAACUCCUGCUGAAAUGGGUAGACCUUUACAAUCUUUUCAAUCAAUGAAUAAUAAUAAUCUAUGCGGAGUAACUUCUUUUCUAUCACCGCCAAAUAGUACUAUCACUUUAUCACCUGGAUCUUCUGUAACGAAGAGUCCGCCUACCUCACCUGUUUCAAGUUUGAAUGAUAAUUUUAUUCAAAACUUUGAACCAACAAUAAUACCAAACGCAACAACAACCAUACCAAAUAUACCAAAUACACAUGAAAAUUCUUUUAUAGAUGGUUCGGAACUUUCAAUUCUACCAAAAUCUAAUGAUGUCUUGAUAAACAAUGACUCAUUUUCAACUACUUCUGAUCUUGUUGCUCAGAACUCUGAUUCACUUACCGAUUGUAUAUUUAAUGAGAAUAUUGAUUUAUUCUCAUCUUCCAACGUUGGUGGAACGAAAGAUAUUUAUUCCGAUUUCAACCUAAAUAAUAUCGUCCUUACAAAAUCCGAAAUAUCGAGUGAUUUAUUUAAAGAACUUGAUCAAGCGGUACGAUUAGGAAAAUUAGUAGGAAUUACGGAUAUUUAUAAUACACCUGUUAAUCCAAAAUUAAAAUAUCCACUCACCAAUUCACAAAUUUAUUAUUUAUCAUUACCACAUGAUAGAAGAAUUGAUUUAAUUCCAUGUCUUCAUUUACGUUCAAGAAUGAUUCAAUAUCAAGAUAAUUUUGAUCUUUAUGAUUUAAUUGAAUUAUUAAUUACAAAAUCAAUAUGCCAUGGAGAUCCUUUAGAUCCUGAUUCAUGGCAAUUACCUGAAGAAUUUUUUGCUAAUUAUGACUAUCUUGUCUUUUCUCAUUGUAGACUUAAGAGUUCAUUAUAUCAAACUUAUGGUCGAUUACCAACUAAUUUUUCGGAAACUUAUCAAUCUAUGCUUCCAAAAAAAAAAAAGAAUGUUUUUUAA